AUGGCACCAAAAAGCGUACCAGGGAAAGCGAUGAAGUCCUCCAAAGCCCAAAAGAAGCCUUCCACCGAUGGUAAGAGGAAGAAGAAGCGAAAGGAGACAUACUCCUUCUAUAUUUAUAAGGUCCUGAAGCAAGUUCAUCCUGAAGUGGGAAUUUCGGCCAAGGCCAUGUCAAUAAUGAACAGUUUCGUGAAUGACAUUUUUGAGCGCAUCGCAGCAGAGGCGUCCAAACUUACGCAAUAUAACAAGCGAUCAACUAUUUCCAGUCGGGAGAUACAGACAGCAGUACGGUUGCUUCUACCCGGAGAAUUAGCCAAGCAUGCAGUCAGCGAGGGAACUAAAGCUGUUACAAAGUACACGAGCUCCAAGUGA